UUUAAUUUACACAAGCGAGUAAGCUGGUCGUCCUUCCUAUUACAAUCCUGCGUUCCCUCUGUUCUUCUGAGAACCGCGUGUAGCUUGUUCUCUCUAAACAUCUCCCACGGCAUUCUUCUCGCUCUCUCUGUCUCCCUCCCUGCAGAAGAAGAGCUCUUGCGAUUUCCCAGGCCAAAAGCCACCUCUUUUAAUUCUAUUUGUUUUUUCUACUUCUCUUCCUUUGUUGAAGAUCUCUCCUUUUCGCCUAUUUGAUGCAGGAAAACCUAUAGUAAAUGGCUCGUACCGAGCAAUUCAUCUUCUUACUUCUCCUCGUAUUCUCUGCCCUCUGUCUCCCUUCGAUCAAAGCCUUUAGCUUCAACUUCUCUCGCAAUUCCAACCUCGCCGGAAUCAUAUUUCCCACCCCCCUCAGCUUUAACUCUGCCGCCUCCGCUGCUGACUCAAACUGCCAUAGCCACCACCGCUUGGCCGGAGACGGAGAUCCACCGGAAUAUCCAGUCGCGGGCGACGCCCCACCAGUCAAGCUCGAUCUCAAGCAUCACCGCCUCUCGUCGGACAAAACGAAAGAAGCAGCUCUUUUUGACUCUACUCAGAAAGACUUCCUUCGAAUCCAAACCCUCUUCCGCCGCGCGACGGAGAAGAAGAGUACGAACAACAAACAGAACCAGAACCCCCUUCCCAGCCUUGCUUCCGCGCUCAAAGCGGCCAACUUGGGCUCACCGGCGCCGGCUCUCGCGGGUCGGUUUGUUGCGACGGUGGAAUCCGGCGUCGCGUUGGGCUCAGGCGAAUAUUUCAUCGACGUCUUCAUCGGCACCCCGCCGCAGCAUUUCUCCCUGAUUCUUGACACCGGAAGCGACCUCAAUUGGUUACAGUGCCUCCCCUGUCACGCCUGCUUUGAACAGAGUGGCCCAAUCUACGACCCCUCUUCAUCCUCUUCCUACCGCAAUCUCAGUUGUACCGACCCUCGCUGCGACCUCGUCUCCCGUCCGGAGCUCUCAGCCUCCUGCCCCGCCGUCGAAGACCAUUCCUCCUGCCCUUACUUCUACUGGUACGGCGACCACUCAAACACAACGGGCGACCUCGCCACCGAGAUCUUCACCGUUAACCUCACCGACACCAUCGGCGGCACCACAAGCCGCAAAGUCGAAAGCGUCAUCUUCGGCUGCGGCCACUGGAACCGCGGUCUGUUCCACGGCGCCGCCGGCCUCCUCGGCCUCGGCCGCGGCCCUCUCUCCUUCGCCUCCCAGCUCCGCUCCCUCUACGGCCACGCGUUCUCUUACUGCCUCGUUGACCGCAACAGCGACCUAAGCGUCAGCAGUAAGCUCAUCUUCGGCGAGGACCCUUCCCUCCUCGCCCACCCACAGCUCAAUUUCACCUCUUUCACCACCGGCAAAGAAAACCCUGCCGAGACCUUCUACUACCUUCACAUCAAAGGAAUAAAAGUCGGCGGCGAGAUGCUCGACAUCCCAAUGGACACAUGGGAUGUAUUAGAGAACGGUGCCGGAGGAACAAUCAUCGAUUCAGGCACCACCCUAAGCUACUUCUCCGAGCCGGCAUAUGGAAUAAUCAGGAAAGCAAUUGAGAAGAAAGUAACCUACAAGCUGUUCGAAGAAUUUCCUGUAUUAAGUCCAUGCUACAAUGUAUCAGGUGUUGAGAAGGUAAAGAUGCCAGAAUUCUCCAUUGUUUUCUCCGACGAAGCUGUGUGGGAUUUUCCAAUGGAGAAUUACUUCAUCCGCCUUGAACCAGAGUCGAUUAUGUGCCUUGCAAUCCUUGGAACUCCCAAGACUUCGCUAUCGAUUCUGGGAAACUACCAGCAACAGAACUUUCACAUAAUGUACGACACAAAGAACUCGCGGCUGGGCUUUGCACCCAUGAAGUGCGCAGAGGUUUAGCAUUUAAAUUACUUCAAAGAAGAUUGGGAAUUUUGAUUUUUGCUUAGUUUCACUCACUAAGGUGAGGGGAAGCUUGCCAAUUGCCUUAACAUACUUGUUAUUAGAUUCAUUUUUCUUUGAUAAUCACUCGUUUGUUUAUUUCUUUUGGUGAUGUAAUCUGUAGGUAAGUAUACGAAUACUGGUUACACAUCAAGUUUGACAAUUUAGUUUGUUGAUAAUAUACUGCCAGUUGGUGUCAUGAUUCAUAUAUUGCUAGUGCUUGUUGUUA